GGGUCCCGCUCCGCCGCCGCGCCGGGGCCGCGCUGGGGGGCGGGCGGCGGCCGCCGGCCGCGGGGAGCGCCCCGAGGGCUCCACCUGGUGCGGGGUGGGGCGGUGACCAGCACAUCCCGGCUCCUGCUUCCUCGGAGCAGCGGGGGUGGAGAGAGAGGGGCUGGGGGAGGUCCUCUCCGCCCCCGUCGGAGGGAGCGGAGCGGAGCGGAGCGAGGGGAAAGUAUGUGAAAAUUGUUCCUAUUUCUUCAGGUCUGUGGACGUGAGUUUUACAUUGGAGUUAGAGGCAGCAUUUUUGAAACUCUUUGCAGAGUGGGUUGCAUGGUAGCUACAACUGAAGCGGUACAUGAGACAGAUGUACCUUCAUGAGAAGGAAAAUUUUAGAGUAUCUCUACUGCUUUUGAUCCAUCUUACUAGUGUGGUCCUGACAAGCUGCCUCCAGCGUCAGUAAUAGACCUUCUACCAUGAGCAAUUCUACUUCAGUUACAGGUAAUGAGAAGAAAAAAACUAAAGGGAAAAGAUCACCAUGUUCCCCUUCACGUGUCCUUCAUAUUCGUCAAAUUACAGAUGGUGUUACUGGAGCUGAAGUUGUUUCAUUAGGUCUCCCUUUUGGCAAAGUAACCAAUAUCUUGAUGCUAAGAGGAAAAGGUCAGGCAUUUUUGGAAAUGGCUUCCCUAGAUGCUGCUGUUUCUAUGGUGAAUUACUACACUUUUGCUACACCCCUCCUCCAUAAUCAGCCAGUUUAUAUUCAAUAUUCCAAUUAUAAGGAACUUAGGACUGACAAUCAACAUAAUCAGGCUAGACCCCAACCUGCACCACAAUGUGUGAAUGCUGUGCAGCAUGGAAACCUGGGUAUUACAAGUGCUCUUGCUGCUGAAGGUGGGGUCCUUCCAAGUAAUGGUUCUGUUCUUCGAAUCGUUGUUGAAAAUGUUUUUUGCCCUGUCACUUUAGACAUACUGUAUCAGAUUUUCUCUAAAUUUGGCUUGGUCUUGAAGAUAGUCAUGUUCCAUAAGAACAAUCAGUUUCAAGCUCUGCUCCAAUAUGCUGAUGCAGUGAAUGCAUAUUGUGCCAAAAUGAGUCUGGAUGGUCAUUGUAUCUACGCUGGCUGCUGCACUCUGCAUAUUGAUUUCUCCAAGUUAACUAACCUAACAGUGAAGUACAACAAUGACAAAAGUAGAGAUUUCACUCGCACUGACCUUCCUUUUGGUGAUGGCCAACGAAACGUGGAGACAUCCUUACCUACUCCUUUUGCCACCCAACAUACCAUAUUUCCAUCAUAUAUAGGGCCUCCUGGGUUUGCCCCAGCCUUGGGCUUUCCUCAGGGAGCAGGUCCUUCUGUUCUGCCUGUUCCUGGAGCACUUGGUCCUCUCAUGGUCACCACAUCAGCAACACCUGGACACAUGACUAUUCCUGGUAUUCCAGGAAACUCUGUUUUACUAGUCAGCAACCUCAACCCUGAAGCCAUCACACCUUAUGGACUUUUCAUCCUAUUUGGUGUAUAUGGUGACGUGCAUCGUGUGAAAAUCAUGUUUAAGAAAAGAGGAAUUGCUUUGGUUCAGAUGGCAGAUGCAACCCAAGCUCAAUUAGCUAUCAACUACUUGAAUGGACAAAGGCUUUAUGGAAGGGUCAUGCAUGCUACUCUUUCAAAAUAUCAGACAAUUCAACUUCCUCGUGAGGGACAGGAGGACAAAGGUCUGACAAAGGACUAUAGCAACAGCCCUUUACAUCGUUUUAAGAAUCCCUGCUCCAAGAAUUUUCAAAAUAUCUUUCCUCCAUCUGCAACCUUGCAUCUGUCCAACAUCCCGCCUUCUGUUACUGUUGAUGAUUUGAAGAACCUUUUUACAAGUAAAGGAUCUACUGUGAAAGGCUUCAAAUUUUUCCAGAAAGAUUGCAAAAUGGCUCUUAUCCAGCUGGGCUCUGUGGAAGAAGCAGUUCACGCUCUCAUUGAGCUUCACAAUCAUGACUUUGGAGAAAACCAGCAUCUCAGAGUUUCCUUCUCAAAAUCUUCAAUCUGAAUUUUCUGUGAAUUUUCCCUUUAAGGCUGCUGAAUGUUUUUAGUAAAAUGUUCAAAUAGAGACUGAGACAGCUCUAACCUACUCUGUCGCUUAAAAGAAAAACCUCAUUCAUACACAAAUAAUUAAGUAAUGUUUUUUUCUGAUUCUAGCUGCAAUUAUGUCAUUAAUAGAAAAAUUCUUCUGUGAAAUCAUUUUAGCAACAAUAUUUAUCAUCAAGUUUCCUACUUGAAAUUAUAUUUUGAGACCAUCCUUUCUGCUUUUGUUUGAAAUCAGCCUUACAAAACAACUUAGAGUGCUUUUGCAAUGUACCAAACGAGUAUGUUUAAUGAAAAGGUAAACCUACUCUGUGCAGAUUAAACACUAAUUUGAGUGUGAAAUAGUGCUUGGGUUUCUUGAAGAAAAGCAAACGGUAACUGUGAGUAUCCUCUAAAUAGUAUUUAUGUUACCAAGGUGUGUGUUCAUACUUUGGCAAAUCUUUACAAAUAACUUGUUUAUAAAAAUAAAAAGUCUGUGCUGUUCUUAUAGAUUAAAUUAUUAAAGAAAAGGCAGUGCCUUCUCUCUGUGGAAUAAAAGUAUUUGACAAGUUUCUUCAAGGUGUGGCAUUGGAGAAUUAGUUUGACUUGAGUGUGGGUUGGAAGUUUGAUGUCCUAUUUCUACUAUGAAGGGAUGUGUAGCAGUACCUUGGAGAAAAUAAAACAAGAAAAUGGUCCUGAUUUAAAAUAAAUUUUUUACAUUUCUCUAAAUAAUUAAAUGUUUGCAAUCUUAUGGAAAAUAUUCAGGUCUGUGAUGGUUUCUCAAGUUUUUAAGAAGUUAUUUUUGCUAAGGUCAUCUUUCAGGACAGAAAAAUUAAACCUCGAGGUUUUUUACCACUCUACAGUCUAAUACUUAAAUUACUAUGUAUUUACUUAAUUUCUUAUUUUGUGCCUUACUAUAUGUGUAUGAAUAGAUUAGAGUGUUACCUGAAGUAUCUUGCAAAAAUAUUGUGGGCUUUGUGAAAAUUCUCCUCUUGGUCUUUUUGUAAAUGUUUUCCAUGAUAAUUCAAUAUAUAUUUUUUCAUCAAUUAAUAUUUUGAAUUCUAGUUUCAUGUGCUUUCUUAUGGAGAUUGGAUGUAGAUGGGAAUGAGGUUUCAUUUGUUGUGAAAUCACAUAGGGAUUCUUUAAAUUUACCUAGUUGCACUUCUCUGAUGGUAGUUCUUCACUGAUAAAUAAUUCACACGAAGAAAAAAUAUACUAAAAAAACCAAACAAAACUAUAUAGGAGGGCCAAACAGCAAAUUCAGUUAGUUUUUUGGACUUCAUCUGACUUCUUGAGAGACACUGGCUGUAUCAGAAUAUUCUUUUGGGUUUUUGCAUUUCCUUAUUUUUAAUACUUUUCAGUAUUAAAGUAAUAGAAUACUAUCAUUCUUUCCUUCCUAAUUAUGAAAAAAUGUUUGAUACUGAAUCUUGAUUCCUCUUUGGGGAAUGAGCUGAGAUGCAGUUAGGUUUUGCCAUGAGUGUACAGAUGAGUGGUAAUGACUUUUGAUUGUAUUUUAAAAAGUUAAAAUUCAUUUUAAGGGCUUUUUUUCCCUAGUAUUGUCUUUCACAUAAAUUAAUUGAAAAUUAAUUUAAUUUUACUUACACAUUUUAAAGCCCUAUUUCUUUCAAACAUGGCAUUUAUUUACUUCUAACUAUUGCAGAAUUUGUUUCUGCUGUAAUGUUUUGCCACUCAUAAUUGUUUUUGUUAAUCUGAAUUGUAUGACUUUAUCUUUCUAGAAGAAAGAGUAUGUUUCUACCAUGAUAUAAGUAUUCUGUAGUGAGCUUUCUCAAAUUUUCUCUCUGAAUUAUUUUUGCAAAAUCGGCCUUAUAGUAGCUUGCCAGAUACUACCUUGAUCUGUGUAAAUUGAUUACAGGUGUGGUAUUAAGCAAACUUCCCUGCCCAGCCGUCUGGGAGCCAUUCUGGCAGUCACUCUUGCACCACCUGAGCUGGGACUGAAGCUCUUCCCAGUUACAGCCCCCACACUCCCACAGUUGGAACAGGUUUCCUUACUGGGUGCACCCCAGGUUUCCCAUAGCAGUCUCAGGCAUCCCAACCAUGGAAAUCAUUUCAUCACAGCGCAAUAACAAACUAACAGCUCGGGCUGGUGUCUCUGGGGAGGGACCCAGAAUGAAGGGACCUGCCCUGGGCUCUUUCCCCUCAGCAGUCUAAGCGUGGGAAGGUCUGGGAUCGUCGGCUCCUGCCGUGUCCCAGUGUCCGGUCCCCUGGCUGGGCCACAGGUCCCCGGGCCCUUGAGUGCCCAGGGUCGGCUCUUCACGGCCCCUUUGCCUGGGCUGCCCCAGCCUGAGCUCAGCCUGCAGCUCCCACUGCAGCUGCACCCGAGCUACCUCAGUGUUCCUCAACAAUAGCAGCCAAUCUGACUGCAGAGGUGUAGCUCUAAUAAGUGUUGUACAACACAACUAUAUAAAUAUGCAGAAUGUACUAUGUACUGGAAAGUUCAACUGGCUUAGGAAAAAUAUUCCCCUAAGGGAUGUUAUCUUUUGGAUUUCACAGAAUGGUGUGGGUUGAUCUUCAUGAGGUUCUCUCAGUCUCACUGUUCAGUCUGUCCAGAUCCUUCUGGAUGGUAUCCAUUCUUUCCAGGUGUGCUGACUGCACCACACAGCUUGAUGUUGUCAGCAAACUUGCCGAGGGUGCAGUUGCAGUUGAUUCCACUAUCCAUGUCCACAAGGCUGUUUAACAGCUCUGGUACCAGUGAUUAUCCUUACAGAACACUGCUCAUUAUUGGUCUCCACUUGGACAUCAAACUGUUGACCACAACUCUUUCAAUGUGGCCAUCUAGCCAUUUCCUUUUCCAGCUAGAGGUCCACUCAUCACAUCCAUCUCUCCAGUUUAGAGACAAGGAAGUUUUGUGAGACAGUGUCAUGCUUUGCACAAGUCCUGGUAGAUGACAUCAGUUGCUCUUUUCUUAGCCACCACUGCUGUAACUCUGUUGUUGGCCAUUAAAUCUGUCAGGCAUGAUUUGGCUUUAAUGAAGCCAUCUACUUCAUAAUCUUACUGGGAACCAAGCUGGGACUUAUAGUUCCCUGGGUCUUUCUUAUUUCCCUUUUUACAAAAGGGCAGGCUAUAUUUCGCCUUUCCAAGAAAAGCUUUAGCUGUCACAGUUGUAUAGACUUGAGCUGCUUAGGAAACCUCUUUUCCUCCCAGGCUACAUGUUACUUCCACCCUCUGUAGCAUUUCUUUUAGUGUUUGAGUUCAUCCAGUAGUUCCUGGUUCAUCUAAUGCUAUUCUGACAUUUUUGCUUGACUUCCUUUUUGUUGGGAUAAUCACUCCUGAGCUUGGAGAAGGUGAUCCUUUAAUAUCAACCAGCUUUCUUGCAUCUCUCUUGUCUCCAGGGCUUUAUCCAAUGAUACUAUAUGAGGCAGAUCCCUGAGUAUUGUCUAUCUUUUUUGAUUCAUCUUUAUUUUCUGGUUUCGCAACCAAAUUAUUCUUGCCAACAUAUUUUUAGAUUUGUGUGUAUCUGAAAGACACUGCCUCUUAGAGACAUCUGCUUUUACAAGAUAUGCAGAUAAGCUUUGAAACUUGACAGUGCACCUUAACAUUUGCUUAGCAGUAUGAAGGCACUGGUUAAGGCUACUUUUUCCCUUUUAGUAUUCCACUUUGAAUAAUUGAAAACAUAAACAUAACACCUUACUUAUUACAAUGCAUUGUUAGUGAAGAAUCAUGGUAGAAGGAAUACUUUUUACACUUCAUGCUUGACUCAUUAAAGCCUGGUGCAGAAGCACAGUUGCAUCUCAGUUCUUGAUUCUCUAAAGCUCUUGGUAUCUGUGACAAGAGCAAGAUUUGGGAAAGAAUGAUUUUCUAGAGUCUCACGGUGACGUGGAUGGAAUAGGACCUCCAAAGGCCUUAAUCCUACCUUUCAGUCAGAUUAUAGACAACUUUAAACAGUUACUCAAAGAAUUGUCCAUUGUAAAUUAAAAAAAAAAAUCAAAUGGAGCAAAUUCUCUGUUCUUUGCUGUUCUGUUUGACAGUCCUCACUGUGUAUUUGCUUCCUUAAUAUGUAACUAGGCUUUAAACAUACUACAUUCUCUGUCUUUUGCCUUUUUCCCUGUUACCUGUGUAACUCUGAAGAGGAUUCUGGCUUCAUCUUCAGUAUACUGUGGCCUUAAGCUGUUAAAGAUACAUUUAUAAUUUUUUUAACAUAUGCCAUUAAUUUCUGUUUGUGAAGUAUCUGGUAAUGUGCACAGUUUAAGUUGGAAUUUGGGCACAUGGUGGGAUUCUUUGUGGCUGUCUUGUGCAGGGCCAGGAGUUGGACUCGAUGAUCUUUGUAGGUCCCUUCCACUUCCGCAUAUUCUAUGAUUCUGUGACUGUAUGGUUAUGCCUCUUAUAUGUCAUGUCCUUGAAUCAACUCUGAGUUGCCUCCUAGUCCAUUUUUUUGAUGGAUGCGCACUUGGUUCAAAGUGUAAUAAGGCCUUUUUAACAAUACAGGAGCAGCUAAGUGCCUUUUCAAAUGAUCCUUGAUUUGUUAUAUAAUGGUAAAACUUCUGCUUCUUUUAAUUUCUGCAGAACUCUUAAAACAUCAGAACCAAUUUCUGAAACUUUGAUUUAUAAUUUGAUUCAGUUGCCUUGUCUGCUGCUUCUGUAAGUUGCACUGGAUUUGUGUACUGAUAAAUUGAGGUCCUUUUUAUUCAGAAGAUAUUCCACAUACCUGUGGAAACUUGCCUAUUUGUAACAUUUUUCUGAUUACAGGCAGCAAAUGUGUUUGUGUGCCAUGAGACCUAUUAGUCUUUGUGGAUAGUAGUGCCAGUGAGGUCUGUCUGAUAAUUACCUUGCCUCUCCUCUGAUUCAUGUCAGUAGGAAAGUUUAUAAGAGAUGUAGACUUACUACUUGCCAUUUUAUGCUGUUAGCUUAUAUUUCUGUUUUUCAAAUGAGAGGUCAGCUGCCUACAAAAAGCAUUGUUUUGCCUUAGCCUUUGGCCCUAAUACGUUGUUAGCUAGAGCACAGCUACCAGACUUGCUCUUGUUACUGUUGUGCUGAAACAACAGUCAGAUUGCACAGAAUUUUUUCUUUAUAUUAACUUUAUCUUCUGUUUUCUGAAGUUUGGUUUGCUAUAUUGAAGAUUGUUUGCCUGCUCUUUUCAAAGCAAAUCCUAACAGUUAGAAUAUUAAAUUUCUGAAGUAUUUAACUUCAGGGUUUUAUUGAUGGGGGAUGUGAUAUAGGAACAAAAUUGGACCAAAGUUUUUGUGCCUUCAGUAGUUUUAUAUGUAGAGUUUUUCAUAUCUCUAGGUGUCUUAAGUAUAAUAAAUACAUUUUUACCCUCUGGAAAAUGUAUAUUUAUAUUGUGAAAAAUUAAUAUUGUCUACUGACCAUACAAGAAGUGAACUGCAGCUGUUUCAAUACAGAUUUAAUUAUUCUACUGUCUUUCCCAUUACAGUUAUGUUUGGGGUUUUUUUUUUUUUUUGUUUGUUUGUUUGUUUGUUUUGUUUUUGUACUGCAGUAUGUAGGAAUCCAAGCAUAACUUGUGUUAUUUCCUACUUCAGAUAAUAAUGAUAUGUUGUGCUUGGAGCAGUCUCAAAGAAAUUAAAUGCUUACAUAAUUGAAGGUCCUUGAUAAGUGAAGAAAGCUUUUACUUUAGCAGAUUAAUGUCAUCACUGUAAGCAGUUUUUCACUUCUUGGAAACUGUGCUUUAUUUAUGAGUGGGAAGCUACCACACAUAAACUUGAUUUGAAGCACUUUCCAAUUCUUUUUGAAUAGGUUACCCACUUUCUGCAGGAGUUCACCAUAGAACUGCAGCUGCACAAGAUGAAAGUUGCUAACCAAGUAGAUUCUUGCAUCAGAAUGUCACUUCAGUCUCUGGCCAAAGACUGUUCUGGUUUUACUGAGCUACAUGAAGACCUGUUUUCUCUCACACUCCUUUCUGAGGGGAAGACCCGCUGCAAAGUAGCCUCUAUUUGAGACUGUUACUGCUGGUGGAAACAGUGGAAAAUGGAAAUAGUAAUGUGAACCAAAUGGUGUGAGGGAAGGCAAAAAGUUAAUAUAUUGCUCUUAGUACUGUACUAAAGACACAGUAAACAUCUCUAAGAAUUGCUGUCAUUCCCUCAUUUCACAUGAUCUGUUCAUAAAAAUUCCCUUUCAGUUUAUAAAAAUGUUCAUCUAACAAAAGAAAAUACUGUAAAUAUUUGUAACAUCAUGUUUUGGUGGGUUUUGUUUGUUUUUGUUUUGUUUUGUUUUUUAAAUCUGGCAAAAGAGUGUUUGGGGAAACAAUGGAAAUGUAAAAUGUUUUUAUAUAAAAAGAUUGUCUGUAUAUUUUAAUAAGCAAAAGCUUUCAUUUGUAAAGCAUCUUGUGGCAUUGCAUGAAAAGUAUUUUAUAUCUGUGGAGAUGACUUAAAACUGAAAAAAGACGUAUUAAAGAAACCUAUUUUGUGACUGUGUAGUGCAUGGUGAACUUGAUUUUGUUUGUGCUGUAAUAUAUUCUGGUUUUUUAGGUUAGUGUGUUUUCUGAUUACAUGAUAUCUAUACCUAAUUAAUUUCCUAACUCUAGUUGUUGUAGCAUGUCUUUUAAUAAAUGUAAUUAUGGCUGUACUCUCUUAAA